AUGAGGUUAAUGCUGCUCUGCUGCACCUGGAAGGACGAACGCAUGGGAGAGGAGGAAGCUGGAGGAAGUUUGCCCGUCUGUGCGGGAUGCAAACAGAGGAUCUACGACGAGCAGUACCUCCAGGCCCUCAACAAUGAGUGGCACACCGUCUGCUUCAGGUGCUGUGAGUGCAGUGCUUCGCUGUCCCACUGGUAUUAUGAAAAAGAUGGACGGCUCUUCUGCAAGAAGGACUACUGGGCCAAAUUCGGGGAGCUUUGCCACGGCUGCAACGACCCGAUCACCACCGGCCUCAUCAUGGUUGCAGGGGAACAGAAAUAUCACCCAGAAUGCUUCACCUGUCUGAACUGCAGGGCAUUUAUCGGUGAUGGCGACACAUACGCUCUGGUGGAGAGAUCCAAACUCUACUGCGGUCACUGUUACUACCAGACCAUCGUCACACCGGUGUCUCUGCCGGACUCGCCAUGCUCACGGAUCCCUCACACGGUAACACUCGUGUCCAUCCCAGCGUCCGCCGAGGGGAACAACGGACGCAGAGGACGAGGUUUCUCCGUGGCCAUCGACCAGCCGCUCAGCCCGACCAACGGCUUCAGCCCUGAACAUGGACCCACUGUCAGAGUCUCCCAAGUGGAACCAGACUGCAUCAGCCCAGAUGUGAAAAACUCCAUUCAUGUUGGAGAUAGGAUCCUUGAAAUCAACGGGACGCCCAUUCACAAUGUCCCUCUGGAUGAGAUCGACCUGCUCAUCCAGGAGACGAGCCGGCUGCUGCAGCUCACUAUCGAACACGACCCUCACAGUCAGGAGGGAGGCUCCUCAGAGGCUGAAGAUCAAGUGGACGGCCCCCUGUCCACCCCGCUGUCGGAGGGCCCCAGCCCCAUCCUGCCCAUCACACAGCCCCCCAACCCCGACAUCAACAGCCUGAGAUCCCGUAUCAUCACGAGGAGCUACAGCAUCGACAAGUCACCGGGCUCCAGCAAUGCAGCGUCCCCCAUCUCCCAGAGGAAGGACAUCAAUCGAUCAGAGUCGCUCCGAGUCGUGUCCAAUCAGACACAUCGCAUCUUCCGCCCGUCUGACCUCAUCCAUGGAGAGGUGCUGGGGAAGGGCUGCUUUGGACAGGCCAUCAAGGUGACCCACAAGGAGACGGGGGAGGUGAUGGUGAUGAAGGAGUUGAUUCGAUUUGAUGACGAGACACAGAGAACAUUCCUGAAAGAGGUGAAGGUCAUGCGUUGUUUGGAUCACCCCAACGUGCUCAAGUUCAUUGGAGUCCUCUACAAGGACAAGAGGCUCAACUUCAUCGCAGAGUACAUAAAGGGAGGCACCUUGAGAGAAAUCAUCAAAAAAAUGGACAGCAACUAUCCCUGGAACCGACGGGUCAGCUUUGCCAAGGACAUAGCUGCUGGGAUGACAUAUCUGCAUUCCAUGAACAUAAUCCACCGGGACCUGAACUCACACAACUGUCUAGUCCGAGAGAACAACACAGUGGUGGUUGCAGACUUUGGUCUGGCUCGGCUCAUGGUGGACGACAAGCGUGAGGAGAAGUUGUCUCAGGGGAAACUGCCCGGCCUCAAGAAGCCCGACCGCAGGAAGAGGUACACGGUGGUGGGAAACCCCUACUGGAUGGCUCCUGAGAUGAUCCACGGGAAGAGCUACGAUGAGAGAGUAGACAUCUUUUCCUUUGGUAUCAUGCUCUGCGAGAUAAUUGGCAGGGUGAACGCAGACCCAGACUACCUCCCCAGGGCGAUGGACUUCGGACUGAACGUGUCUGGUUUCCUGGAGCACUUCUGUCCUCCUGAUUGUCCCCCUGCCUUCUUCCCCAUGGCUGCUGUGUGCUGUGACCUUGAUGCAGACAAACGGCCGGCUUUCUCCAAACUUGAGGAGUGGCUGGAGAACCUGAAGAUGCACUUGGACAUUGGUCUACCUCUGGUGUCUGAAGUGGACCAGCUGCACAAGGCCUUCUGGGUGAACCACAGCAUCCCACGUCCUGAAAACGGCCUGCACACCCACCCCGAACAGCCGGAGUAAGGCUUAACACGACUGGAGGGGUGGGAAUUUGGAGUAAACCCCACAUGGGCAGCGAUACUCUGCCUCAUGGCGGAGCGGAGGAGUCGUGUAUAUACUCCUCCAUGUUUGAAGCUGCGGGCGUAGGCCUGCUCAGGCUUAACGAGUAGACUCAGGGGGAAAACAUGGUCUCUGAAAUGCCACCUGUGCAAGACACACACAGGCAUUCAAAGUCAAAUCAAGAGACAUUAACUACGAAAUCUUGAUUCUGCUGCACCCAAAGCUAAAGUGGAUCAUGUCAUGCAAUCAGACCCAACUUUCAAAUCAUGACUCAACUCUUGAAUCACGUAGAUUUCACAUUAGCGGUCAUACCAUUCAAAAAUACUAACUGUAGUGUGUAUAUUCAUAUGGACAAAGUAGUCCAUCAAACAAGGCGUAAGGCAAACCUUUAGCCACCUCACUUGGGGCCUCUACAUUGUACAGUACUGUACGUGUUUCCAGGUGUUUCUGUGUGAGUUUGGUUUGAUUUUGCUUUUGGUUUAGAACUCAAAACUUAACUUAGGAAAAACGCAAAGGAGAGGGGCCAAGGCCAAAGGUCAAGAUCAACUUGCUGACCGCUUGUACAAAUCAAACAAAACCUUUCAAGCUUUAAAUAAUUCACUGAAGAAUGCAUGGGUGUAAAUAAUGCUGUCAGGUCACAUCCUUGUUCAUCGUGUCCUUCUGACCUCAUUUGGACAUAAACUACGAGACCUACAUGCGUCUAUGGCCUCUCUCCCUCACUCAUUGUGUAGCACUCACUUUACAUUGAGAUACACGUCUUUGGGAUAAAUUGGGUACGUUGUCUCCCAAUUUAAAGAGCUGUUAGGGCAUCUCAUUCACAUUCACGUGGCAUCUCAUAUAUUCAAACACAUACCAGUGUACAUUGUAAAUGUUUUAAAUAUUGUAAAUGUACAGACAUAUUUUAUAUACGUACGCUACAUUGCCAUAUUUUUAUUGGCCGACCAGUUGAAGUAAAGGAGAGUAAAAGUUUGACUGCAGUCAAUAGGGCACAGCUGAAAGCUUUAUUGGUUUUUUUUUUCUACAUUGUUGCUACUGUGGCAGGUUAGAGGCUUUUAGCAUUUGAGAUAAGAGGAAUCCCAUCACCACAAACUAUCCCCUACCCUCAGUUCAAACUAAGUAAAUGUUACAGUCUGUCACCCAAAAAGUGUUUCUCAAACAUUUGAUCUGCCAUCCUUUCAUGUGCUGGAGUAAAUUUUAUUGUAAUACUGAAUUGUUAAAUCAAAUCAAACUUGCUGAAGUGAAUCUGCAUUAUAUCAUCAACUCUAAUUAUUAGUGAUUUUAGAAUUUUGAGGGCAAUUAAAUGUGAAUUACUCUCUCUCUCAUGUACUGUAAAGUAGUUCAGGUGUGAUGAGGUACUGCCUCGUCAUGUCAGCUGUCUGUCCACAUAUUUUUCUCUUUCCUCCUGUGGACGAUCCUCUGUUUGAUUACAUGUACAUUUCAGCUGUAAAUAUGCGUCUGUCUGUCCAUCUGUCUGCGUGCAUUGCAUAAAUAUGUGCACUCCUCAGAAAUCAUUUCUUCCACUGUCAGAUAUCCCUUUUGCACCUUCUAACGAUAAGGAUCUGUCCCUAAUCUAAAAAUCUUUUACUAGAAUCUUUUUUUUUUUACCUGCUGUUUUCUCAAACAUGAUGUACUCGCUCUGCUCACCUUCUACACCAAGCUAUUUUUUGUCUCUAAAUGAUGUAAUUUUAAAUAAGAAAACAAAGAGUGAAAGACAAAAAGAGCUAAGAGAGAAAGUCAAGCUAAAAAGGAAAUGAGAAAAAACACUGCAUCUGUUUUUUUUAUAUAAAUAUAUAACCACUGAAAUCUUUUUGUAUAGAUUUGAGUACUUUAAUUUGCACUAUAUUACCAAAUGGCGGGUUUAAGCCAUGUUUGUUAAUUUCCUCUCUUGGGCUACUUGUGAUAAGGAAAUAAAUGAUGUCGGUUCAGGUAGAUAAAUGAAUGCAAGACACUGAUAGAGCCUUUCAACUGUAAAAAUGGGAUCUGGGAAAUGCAUCCUCUUGACAGCAAACCGUUUCUGAUUAUUUACAUGCACUUUUGUGCAUGGUUCAAAAUAAAAGUCAUAUAUCUAUGACUAGCAUGACUAUAUUUUACUUUUCAAGCUUUGGCACCAAAAUGUCUUUGCCACCAAGAGGAUGUGUUGUCCCAGCUCUGCCUGCUGCCUACAGACUGGUCCUUUGCGAAUGAUGUUCUGUGUUUUUUUCUGACUGCUUGGUUUUGUGUGUGAUGCCCACAGAGGCUGCAACAACUGCUGGUCUUUCUGAUAUUAGAGCACUUAAACUGGCCUGUCUCACCUCUGUUAACUCAGCAGCUUAACAGGAGAGCAGGAUUCAACACUUGACAGUGCGACUCAAAGAGCAUGUAACCUUCUGUCAAUAACAAAAAAUAUGCUUCUGUAAAACAAGCCCCUACUGGUUGAUGUGUUUGUCCGUGGGCAUGCACUGUACAUGAGUGGCUUUGCCGUGUGUCUGUCCUGUCAAGCAUGUUAGGUGUGUCUGUGAGGACGUGUUGAGGAUCACUGAGAAUGUCGCCGCAGCACUUCUUUGCAAAGGAUCGUUACCUCUGAACAAUGCUGUGCCUUUGAUGUAAGCUAGCCUUGCCAACGACUCGAAAAACGUGAACUGAUUUCCUUUUUUUUAUGUAUCAUAAGUGCAAGCCUGAUUCAAGUGGAUUGAAUAUCAUUGCUGAUACAAUGUUGUAUGAGAUCUCAUCUCGUUCUGUAUCAUAUUUAUGUUUUCCAGAUCUCCAUUGUUACUUUUGAUAUUUUAACAUUAUGUCUUCUUAUUUAAUUUUUUUUUUUUUUUACAAGCUGUGAAAACAAUUCUGCACUUUAAUCCUGAACGUGAACAUUUAGACUCUGAGGAGGCAACUGUUUUUUCCCCCCUUUUGUCACAGCUACAAAUAAAACUGUU